AGCAUGAAGCUAGCCGCUGCGGUGGUUUCCCCUCCGGAGAGCCGCUCUGCUUGAUUCCCCUUCCAGUCCUGGGGGAAGGUUUUAAUCCACCGGCGGAGGGGGAGACGAAACGGGACCUUCUUUAGGACUGUGAAACAGACUGCAGCCAUGGGUCCAGAGAACACACCAUCUGAAUCUGAAUCUUCAGAGGAAAGUGUUGGAGCCGUGGAGGUGAACGUAGAACUGGAGUCUGAUUCCAGUGAUGUUUCGUCCGACUCUGACCAGGAGAGCUCCAAACAACUGAAAAGUAAAAAAACAGACAAGCGUUUCCCUUGCCCCACCUGCGGUAAGGUGUUUGACCGGCCAUCCAGGGUAGAGAGACACAAACCUGUCCACGAAAAGAAGCCAAAGUCGCUUUAUCAGUGUCAACAUUGUGAGAAAAGCUUCACCCAGGAGGACAAGAUGAUUCGACACCAGAACACCCACAACAGGACCAACAAGCAUCCCUGCCCUGACUGUGGGAAAGUGUUCAACAGGCCUUCACGGCUAGCGAGGCAUAAACGCACACAUUUGAGGAAGCCGAAGGUUCCUCAUCAUUGUUCGUUUUGUAUGAAGCCAUUCAAUAAACUUCACAAACUCCUGCGGCAUGAGCGCGUUCACACCGGGGAGAGACCCUUUACCUGCCCCGUCUGCGGAAAGGGAUUCUCCGAGGCGGGUCACUGCAAAGAGCACGAGAAGACGCACGAGGAACAGCCGGAAAAGCCUCACCGCUGUGUCGACUGCGGGAUGUGUUUCUUCAAGGCCUCCUCGAUGCGCCGGCACGCCCGUUCCCACACAGGAGAGAAACCUUUUCAAUGCUCCCAGUGCGAGCGCAGCUACUCCCGCUCUGAGGGACUCAAGAGACACAUGAGAAAGCACACAGGAGAACGGCCGCACAAGUGUAUCGUCUGCAGCAAAGACUUUUACACCCGUCAGGAUCUGACCCUCCACAAGCUGACUCACUCAGGAGAAAAGCCGCACAUGUGCCCGGUGUGCGGGAAAUGCUUCUCGCAGCUGGGCAACUUGAGGGACCAUGAGCAGAACGUCCAUAUUAGGUCAGAGAAAUAUAUUUGCAACGAGUGCGGGGCGUCAUUCAACAGGUACAACUCCAUGACGAAACACCAGCGCCUUCACACGGGAGAAAAACCGUACGAGUGCCUCACAUGCGGCCUCAAGUUCACCUGGAGCCAUUCCCUCAGCAGGCACAGACGGACUCAUAGCCACAGACAGGCGGCUGGAGAAACCUCAAAGGACCCCGAGGGCUCCACAGGACCGUCUGGGAAUCCAAAGACCUGCAAACUCAAUUAAACUACCCGAGAGAUAAUCCAGACUACCCGAGAGAUAAUCCAGACUACCCGAGAGAUAAUCCCGACUACCCG